GUCAGUAUAAUAAGUGUGCAGUGUUGACCAUACGUACUGCUCUUCGUGUCAACACAAGGUUUUGGGUGAGGAUUGUCAAUUCAUGCAGUGAAGGACGACAUGUUGUGCCGUUGUUUGAUUAUGUCAAGAUAAGUGAGACAGCCCGUGGGAUACAAUCAAGACACAUAGAGCUGCAGCGGAUUCGAUAGCUUGGAAGUCGAUAAGAAAGUCAAUCCGUUUCCCAAAUUCUUGCGGAGACGACUGAAGACAGCGCUCGGAUUCCUCCACUUUGCGGAAAACGAGGCGAAAGAAACUGCAGUGGUGUUGAUGAAUUAAUUUUGGAUAUUAAGGACAGGUGAAAGAACUCAAAACGGUACUUCAAGGUGCAAAGGAUUAUCAGACGCGAAAUUUGGUGUUUUCGCGUCUAUAUACACGAAGACAACCACGACUGCCGGACGUUUUUGUUGGUAAUUUUGUCUCCUAGUUCUUUGAAACCAUGACUGAUUAUAACUCAGUGUACAACAGCAGCACUAUCUGGGCUGCCAACACAACCAACUUUAAUCGCACCAUCAAAAUAUAUUCAAAGGAACAGGAACAAGCGGCCAUAUAUGUCAUUGCGGUGGUUAUGACAUAUGCAUGUUCCAUUUUUGCGCUACUGACGUUGGUCCUCUGUAAAAAGAAGCCAGGUGUUGUGCACACGGACCGUGAUGUGGACCGUUUCUUGCGAGAUAUCGAAUCUGUCCGCGACGCCUUGCGCAAACGAGAUCAGAAAUACGAGGUGAACAGAUUCAUCCGGGGAAUAUCAACAACCACAGAAGGUGAAUUAGCGCGCAGCCACAGUAUGGAUGCGUCUUUAGAGAGUAAAGGUGUCAGGAUCAAACCUCCAUUGCGCCGUGCCGUGUCCGAGGUAGUUAGGGCCGCCAAGUUUGCCGAUGCCGCAGCUAGUUCGUUUGAGGCGGUCUCCUCAGAUUCUGAGACGUCUUUGUCCCCCAUGUUCCAAACUAUGGUAAAUCCACCAUCCUACGAGGAACUUAAGAUGAAAUCACGCGGGGGAUUAACCGACAGGAAACAUUGUCAGAACUGUUCAUGCCAUCUCAUUGACAUGCGACAUCAAAUACAUUUUGUGUCUGUCCCUGUCUUGCCGCCCCGGACGGAAGUUGCACUGGUUCACCAACCAAGCGCUUCUGUAAGGUUAUCAAACUUGACUGGAGAACGAAACCAGCCGUCUUUACCAAACGUUUCUCAUAGCAACCCUGUUUCCCAAAAAAACGGGCGAAUGUUACACUCAUCUUCAGGGCCGACGCGUAUCCCCCGGCCUGUCAUAACGACCACGAUGCCCCCCAUGCCUUUUAUAAAUGAAAACGAGGAGCAUGGUAGCUUACGAACAGAAACAGGUCCUCUAGAAUCAAAAAGGCUACAAUUUACUGGGAGAAAACUUGAUAUGAAAGGAUGCGUCUCACCUGGGGAGACUUCAGGAAAAUUAAAGGUGCUAAAUCUCCGACGUGAAAAUGACUCUAAUCGCAACCGGGUGAAUUCAACAGAUGAUGAACCGACGGUUACGUCUCCCUUGAUUGGGGCAACGGCACUCUAGAGUGACAGAGCCCAAGGCAUGUGCUUUUGAGAAGGUUCGAAAUGUACACUCAUCAUAGACAUGACGUCAGGACUUUUGUUUCGGAGACACUAACCUCUUGAUUAAAUUGAUGAUUUUAUAGAUUUUACCAUCAUGGUUUUGAUAAAAUGCGUUGCUCAUUUCGACUAGGUUGUGAUAAGCUUUGGAGAAGGUUCUUCUCAUCUAGUUGCAUAAUGAUUGAAAACUAUGAUGACUAUACUGAUGACACGUGCCUCCGUCCAACAUCAAAAGCGAUUACUAUACAUUAUGCCCUCCUAUUUAGAUCAUCAAUAAAGAAUAUACUUUUGUAUAAAAUGGUUGAUACGCCCAUUCCUAUUACGAAUGUCUUCCUAUACAAGAGUAAACGACUUAUUCAGCUCAAAUAUUAUCAUUUAAUCGAGUAAGCCCCAAUUCUGUGAAGUACUUCAGGAGCCGCCACAACUUCCAAGUCCGAAGCACUGGAGUUAUGGAAGAACAUUACUAAGAAGUGCUACCACGGAAACGUUGCGACGACACCUGGUCGGUUUUACAGUAAUGAGAGAACGCGAUCAAUUUCCCACUUCCUCACAACGUCAUGUACGUGCACAAUUAUGUUCAACUGACCCAGAUAUGAUGUCGAAACCAAGGUGACGGGACCAUGCGAUGACAUAUUUCAACAAUACGGAUUGAGACAGAAGCAUAGUUACAGUACCUAAAUGCUGCCAUGGUACCAUUGAAAUAGGGAGGGAAGCUGGUGAAGAAUGUCUUGUCACAUUAUCAGCCACCUA